AUGCGUCUUAAAAUUCUCCUUCUGACUCUUGCUGUCAUGGCCACUGCCACCAUCUACUGGAAACAUCCAGUUAAAGAUGCAAACCAAGAAUUCGAGUAUCAAUUGAAGCUUAUCACUGACGCACUGUAUAUCCAGGAUAUCGAGUUAUACGAGAAGCUUGUCGAUGCCAAUAUCAUUGGGGCGGACGCUAUAAUCUCGUUGUACACUACUUAUAAAGCUGAUUAUAUUCUCUCGGCGAAUAAAACCGCAGACGGAGAUCUCAUCGCUAUCGCAAGAUCGACAGUGGACGGACAUGACAGCCCCUAUUUUAAGUGGGAGUUGAACGCUGAGAGUCCAAGUGGCUACAAGAUGGUGGAGUGCAGUUUCUGUUCGUUAAUGGGGUGCUAA